AUGGACCAGCAGUUGGAACGCAUCCACCAUCAGCUGCUUACCAAGGAGACGCCAAUCCAGAAGCAUAUUGAGCUAAUGAACCUCCGUCAGAGGAACGAGCGCCUCUUCUAUGCCUACGUCAUCAAAAACUUGCUAGAGACACUUCCUUUGGUGUAUACUCCGACAGUUGGCGAAGGCUGUCAGAAGUUCUCGAGCAUGUUCCGCCGUCCUGAGGGUCUUACUUUUACUCUUAAGGACAAGGGAAACAUCGCUAACUGUGUGGCGAACUGGCCGCGCCCGCAGGACACUCCGCGUGUUGCUGUGAUUACCGAUGGAUCGCGUAUCCUCGGUUUGGGUGACCUGGGCUGGAAUGGUAUGGGUAUCACCAUUGGCAAGCUGUCGCUGUACGUUGCUUGCGCUGGUGUGCACCCCCAGUCGACCAUGCCUAUUGCUGUGGAUAUCGGUACCAACAAUGAAGAGUUACUGAAUGACCCGCUGUACCUCGGUCUGCGUCAGAAGCGUGCUAGCGAUGAAGAGCUGACGGAACUGGUUGACGAGAUUAUGUACGAGCUGAACAAGCGUUAUCCAUUCUUGAUCAUCCAGUUUGAGGACUGGAGCAGUGCCAACGCCUUCAGGUUCCUGGACCGCUACCAGGAGAAGUACCCCAUGUUCAACGAUGACAUUCAGGGUACCGGUGCUGUGAUUCUUGGUGGAUUCGUUAACGCGGCCCGUAAGUCAUCUGAGGCUUCCGGUAAGGCGCUGGAGGACCAGCGUAUCCUUAUGGUAGGCGCGGGUUCUGCUUCCGUCGGCGUGGCUAAGCAGCUUAUGAACUUUUUCACGGAGCACGGUUUGACGGAAGAGCAGGCCAAGGACCGUAUCUGGACGACAGAUUCCAAGGGUCUUGUUACCGCGAAUCGAGGUGAUGAGCUGGCCGAGCACAAGCGGUUCUUUGCCCGCCACGACAAUGGCGACAAGCAGUACAAGGAUCUCGAGGAGAUCAUUGAUUACGUGAAACCUACCGCUCUCCUUGGUAUGUCCACGGUUCGCGGCACUUUUACGCCGGAAGUGCUUAAGCGCAUGGCGAAGCUAAACAAGCGCCCCAUCGUUAUGGCACUGAGUAACCCCACCAGCAAGGCGGAGUGCACAUUUGAAGAGGCCCUGAAGUACACGGAUAACAAAGUUAUCUUCGCUGCCGGUUCGCCAUUCGACCCUGUGGAGAUCGACGGCAAGACGCGCUACUCUGACCAGGGCAACAAUUUCUACAUCUUCCCUGGUGUGGGUCUCGCUGGUGCAUUGACUCGCGCCAAGCACAUUACAGAGGCGAUCAUCACUGAGUCGGCCAUGGCUCUGGCUGACUCAAUGAACGACAAGGAGAAGGAGAUGGAUCUCCUGUACCCUCUCCCUGAGCGUGUACGCGAAGUGGCCCAUUACAUUGCGUUCCGCUGCAUUAAGGCGAUCAAUAAGGCAGGCCUUGCGCAAGACGAUGGCUUCACUGCCGGUCUGUCUGACGACGAGCUUUUCAAGUGGGUCCACGAUGAGAUGUGGGUGCCUUCCUACGACCACUAA